UUCUGACCGCAGCUGUCAGGACGGCAACAGCGCUUCACGACAACUUAUUAUCGCUCUUCGCAAGGCUCUUAUCGCGCACACAUCACCUCAGUUUGGUGGACAUUCAUUUCUAGGGCCUACACCAGGGUGUGGGUGAGUCAAGUAUGAAGUCCAAAGGAAAGGGGUCAAAGCGUGGCAGACAGUCUUGGGCAGAGCAGGACGACCCAGACUUUACGCUGGAAACAGAGCCAGGUUCCAGCGAGCAGGAGGGCUCAGAGGCGUCUGUCAGGCUGGGUGGGUCGUGGAGAACACUUAGGGGUGAGGGGCACAGCCGUACCCGCCUAGGCACACGACGCAGACGGCAGCAUGGGAACGCCAAAGAACGCAACGUCCGCAGGCUGGAGAGUAAUGAAAGAGAGAGACAGAGGAUGCACAAACUAAACAAUGCCUUUCAGGCCCUGCGAGAGGCCAUUCCUCACGUCAAAACAGAAAAGAAACUUUCCAAGAUCGAGACUCUCACAUUGGCCAAGAAUUACAUUAAGGCCUUAACCACUAUCAUCCUGGGCAUGUCCAACGGCUGCCUGCCUGACGCUGAGAGUCAGAUGGAGGCUAACGCCUCGCGGCUGCUGCAGUGCUAUCAGCAGCAUCUACAGGAGGAGGGAGAGGAAGAUCUGUCCAACUACCUGAACCACAUUCACAGCUUCAGCCAAGACAGCUAACACACACUGCACACUACAGACUCAGUGAACGCUCAAGGAGAAAUGUAAAUAUGUGUAUGAUGAUGAUAAUGCUGAUGAAUACCAGCUCUUAAAGGGUGAGUUGAACGUUCUGUCAUCAUUUACUCAUGCUCAUGUCAUUCCAAACCAAAUUUGUUGAUCUUUGGAACAUAAGCUUGGUAUUAUAAUCAAUAUGGCAACGGUGAUGUGUUUGGUCUUAGUGGAGUAGAUCUGCUACACUGCUGCUGCUGCUAAUUUGAUUAUUAGUGCAGAGCACGAACUGAGAGUUGCUACUACCAGUGUAUUCACAGACAUGCUGCCACUGCUGUUGCAGACAUAGCAUUAGCCGCCUUUUCACUAUGCAUUACAGUAAGAAACAGCACAGGGGUGCGUUUCCGAAAACCAUCGUUAGCCAACUAAGGUCGCAAGUUGCAUCGUCACAAACAUAGUUUGUUAAGUUGGCAUUUCCCAUAUCUGUCGUUCCAACGAACAUUCAAAAACUUGUGCGCCUGCAACAACACCUGUAGAGCUGUAGUUAGAAGCAUAGUUCCUGAAUGUGUUCUAUUCCCAGUUAUCCCCCCUAUGCCCUAUUCAUUUAGAACAUUUAAACUUGGAAUGAAAAAAAAAAGCUCUAAAGUCAUCAGUCUUAGGUGUAAUUUGCUUUCAAAGUAUUUUUACAGUUCAGUUUUAGCAAUCUUUAUAUUGACAAUUGCGUUCCCUUCGUAGUGCACUUAGAAAACAUUUAUGCCAUUUUGAACACAGCCUUGGCUCAUGACGAAAGCUAUAGGUGACCUAUUAUUUAAAAGCGGAAUUUACGUUAUGUCUCCAAAGCUUGUGAAAACAAAAAUAUAUAGCAUACGUUAAUACUUUAAAUUUAUAGUAGGUUAUUUAUUAAGUACCUGUACUGUAUAUGACAUGCCCUGCUGGUUAGAACAUUUCUGCAGCGGUUUGAGCGUCAAAUUGUAGAGUUAAAAAAAAUAAUAAAAUA